AUGCGCGAGUUCGAGGUCCGCCGGGCGCUCCACGCUUGGCCUCGGAGUGCCGUUCUGGCCAAGGCCACGGAGCGCUCGCUGAGGGACCUGGGCCUCGGGUAUCGCGCCGCCUACAUCAGUCAAGCUGCACGUCGGCUGGCCGAAGAGGAUGGCCGCAUGCUGCGCUGGCUUCAAAGCUUCAGGGCGAAUCCGGCAGUGGCGCCGGCAGAUGCCAUGGCUGCGCAGGAGUCGGAGAAGGAGAGGGAGCGGCGCUUGUCUGUGCGAGAGGAGCUUUGCCGGCUGCCAGGUAUCGGUGCCAAGGUGGCCGACUGCGUGGCCUUGUUCGGACUUGGCUUUCACGGCGCCGUCCCAGUGGACGUCCAUGUGUGGCGCAUCACCGUGCGGGACUACGAACCUGCUCUUCGGGAGGCGAAGUCGUUGACUCCGGCAGUUUACGAGGAGGUGGGUGACGCCUUCCGCCGCCGUUUCGGAGCGGCCUUUGCGGGCUGGGCCCACUCCGUCCUGUUCGGCGCAGAGCUGGCGGCGGAGAGAUUGCCUGCAGACCUGCGCAAGGAGAUGGAGGAGUUCCGGACCUGGGAGAAGCAGCAGAAGCAGGAGAAGAAAGCCGCCAAGAAGCCUUCGGCGAAAGCAGCGCAAGCGGCAAAGCCCCAGAAGAAGGUGCCGGCGGUCCGGAAGAAGCCGGCCAGCACUCGUAUGGGAAGUUCUCCAGAUGAUUGUCCCGUUCUGGGCAUACACUGGCUAUGGUAA